AUGGCCAAGGUGGCCGACUUUGGCCUGAGCCACACCCUGAGCCCCACAGACACCCACAUCAGCGACAUGCACGCCGGCACGCUCACGCACAUGAGCCCAGAGCUGCUGGUGCGGGGGCGCGUCUCAAAGGCUUCCGACGUCUACGCAUACGGCAUCUUGCUGUGGGAGUUGGCCACCGGCGGCAAGGCGUUUGCGGGCAUGCCGCGCGCCCUCAUCGGCCACGAGGUCACCGCGAAGCGCAGGCGCCCCGCGUGGCCGGCCUCCCUGCGCCCCCCCUCGUCGCCCUUUGGCGUCGUGUCGGGUGAGAAUGCCGGGGCUGAGGGGCGCGUGAGGCGCGGCCUGGUGGACCUGGCAGAGCGCUGCUGGGCCCACGACCCACGACACAGGCCGGAGUUUGUUGAGGUGCUGGCCGCCCUGGUGGCCAUGAUGGGCCUGAUGGACCAGGAGCAGCCCUCUGGGGCCGCAGUGGAGUACGCCGGCGCCGGCCCCUCGGCGCCCGGCAGCGGGGCCGGCGCCGGCAGCAGCGGCGCCGGCGGCGCGAGGAGGGGUGCUCGCCUGGCCGGCAGCAGUGUGGGCCGUAUAGCCAGCGAGGUCAUGGGCUGGUUUGACAUGAGGCGCUAG